AUCUUAAUUUUAAAAUCGAAUUUAAUAACGCCAACACUUUUUUUUAGAUUUUAUCUCACCGCCUCUUUAUUACCAAUAUUUUAUCCUCGACACUAACGUGUAUAUACCUAAAUAUAAUUUGAUAGAUCGUCCGUAGUUUAAAAAUCGAAUUGAAUUUAAAACUUCUUAAACCUACCUAAUAUUUCUUAUUAUUCUGCUACGCAAGAAUAGUUAGUCCAAUCCCAGUUUGUAGAAAGUAAAUUCUUAUAGCUUUAUGCAGUACAGUCGACCGCACAUCAGCAUUAAUAUUUUAUCUCAACAGCGCCUUUAUGUCAAAGCAAUAAGAUUCAUUUUCGUAACUUAAUCGCUGACGUUCGGUCCUCCGUACUUUUGUCUAAGAGAAAUCUUUAAUUACAAUUUUAAAUGCAAAGGCUACUUUAUAGUAAGGACUACGGUAUCGACUUGUUUUUUAAAGUUGCUAUAAAUAGUUAUAUCUAUUAUUUACAUUUGAAGGAUAGCAAGUAUAGUUCCAUAGGGUAUUAUUUUUAUAUACUUCAUUUUUUUAUAACUAGAAUGUUGUCGGCAGCAAUUUACAGUGCCUGUUUGUGGCAAUAUCUGAAACGUUAACUGCCAUUAUGUGUAAACGUGAUAUGAAUGAGUUACAAUAAUUAAUGUUUGUGUGUUCGUGUAUGAUCAGGCCGUAGUAUGAAGUUUUACAAGCGUGAUGUUAUAUCAGUUACAUAGAGAAUAGAUUCUUCCUUAUCUGUAUAGAAUAAUGUUGGAUUUAAAUCUUCAUGCUGCGAGCCCGGGCUAGGCCCAUGGCUAAUACUACAUAUUCUAAGCCUGAAUUUUAAGUCACAAAGUGUUAAAUAAGUACCUAUAAACAGCAGUUUACAUCAGCUCAGAGAGGCAGCUCUAUAUUUUUGUUACGUUAUUAUUUUUACAUCAAUAUUUCUUUAUAUUUAAGUACCUACUAAUGGCCGUGAUAUGGUUAUUUCAACUUUCACUAACAUUACUAACACAGUCUUGAUCUCAAAUUCGAAUAUUUUCAGUUAUUGGUAUUUCUCAAUGAAGUGUGAACGAUUAAACGAAUGAAUUCUCAUUUUUCGAAACAUUUAUAUGUGUAAUUUGAUUUCUGAAUAUUGGCAUAAUCAUAAUAAAUAAGGAGAGUAAUUUAGGCACUAGUUAAACUAAAGCGACUUACGCUAAGCCUUCUAGAGGGGUGCGGGACUAAAAGGCUAAUAACCACGUGAUAAAUGCAGCGGGCACUUAUCGUAAAUAAGAUAUAAAACAUUCUUUAUAAAUAAAAUUAGAGCUUCAAAAUUAGAAAUGUUUGGUCGGAUCUCUUUUGUACUAUCGCUUCAGUUUGGCUAGUGCUACUGUGCUUACAUGGGCGGUACGGAAAGAUACGAUUAAUUAAGUUAAAUACACCACCGUAGGUCGAAGUACCGCAAAACAAAUGUUACUGAGGACGAACACUAACGGCAAAGUAAACGUUAAAAUUAUGAUGAUUUUUAAUUUACAACAUUGGUCUUCAAGAUUUGUGAUUUUUAAGGUCGUUAUUUAAAAACAUAUUGUCGAUAGCGUUCGUUCUUUGGCCUCUGUACCAAGAAACAAGCUUUCAAUUAUAAUACGGGACGCAAAUCUUAAUAGUAUAUAUUUGUACUAAACUGUUACCGUAGCGAAACCUAUAUUUGUGCCAUAAUGUUUACAAAUGCCUAACAAACUUGUUACACAUACAGUUGAAACUUGUUGUAAUAUGUAUUCGAUAUUCUCUCUACGAUAGUUUAGUUGCUAGGUACGAAGAUUUGUUUUAGAAUGCUUCUGAUACGGUUAUUGAAGAUCCGAGGUUUAUUGUAGGAUAGGAACGGAGGAUAAGUAAGCUCUCAAUAUUCCCAAUAUUAUGAUAUUAUAUAAUGAUAUAUAUGUUAUAAGGAUACAAAAGAGCACAACUUAUUUUUUGUGUACAUUAUUAGUUAGCUAUUUAUCAAAAUAUAGCGUUUACAUAGAUCUAUUAUCGCGGUGCAGGGACGCUACUAUACUGUAAUAGUAGUAUACCAGUGUGCUUGUAAUUUCUCAUCAUGUAUAAUUGUAUAGUGCUUAUAAAUAGUUCCAAAAUCAUUUUCGUCGACCUCGAAGUCCCUUUGUACAUAACAUGCCUAAUUUCCUCUAUUGUUUGUGACAAUAUAAUGCCUACAAUGUUCAUAAUGUAGAUUAUCACUGUAAAUGUGAACGUUCAGGAGAAAUAAAUUACUAAAUAUCCGGUGGAUAUACUGCGAAUACCAACUAUUUGUUUUAUUUUGUUACUUUCAUUAGACAAAUGAAUAUCGUCGCUACCUUUGGUAAUAGCGGUUAAUAUGCGCGCUUUACAAAACACACCUAUUACCUAAGUAAAUAUACAACAUUAUCUUGGUACACAUUCAUUCAUAGAUUAAAAGUGUAUGUUCCAAAUCAUUCAUUCGAGUCAAAUUCAUGUACUUGAAUAGUCUGUUUUAAAACCUUAAUGCCGCCGAAUUUAGUUAAGAAGUAUCUUAAAAAACGUUUUAAAAUGAAGAAAUAUAACAACAUUGUUGAAGCAUUGUACGUGUCCAAGAUCAUCAGGAAAAUUGCCGGAAUAUCAAUAUUUGUUUUAAAAGUUACCCCAGAUAAUCAAAUAACCAAGGAAUUCACAUUAUUUGGAUUCACUUUCUUCGUACUUUGGUACGUUAUUUAUUUCUAUUCGACCUACAUUGCUCACGCUGAGGACCAGACUAUCGUGCGAAAUAUAUAUAGUACUAAAGUCCAGAGAUAUGGCGACGACUUGGAACGAAUUAUUUCAUCAGUUUUUGUGGUGUUUGCCAUGUGGAAGAUUCCGGUAAGCUUCAGCAGAAGCAUUAGUUUCAUGGAAGUUAUUUGCAAUGUGGAUAGAGCUUUUGAAAGCUUGGGCGAGAGUAUCGAUUACAAUCGAGAUGCUAAAUCGUCAUUUUUCAUGUCCAUCAUCCAGUUGGUUAUAUACUUAAUUCGUUUAUUUACUACAUGGGCCUCCCUAGGUUAUGUGGAAAUACCGAUACAGUCUGAGAGAAUGUUCCAAGUUAUGUACUCCGACGCUCUUGCAUUGAUUUCAACGACGCACUUCUGUUUCUUCCUGAUCGUUGUCCAGUCCAGAUUUAAAUACGUGAAUAAAGUGCUAGAAGAGAUAAGAUCGCAAAAGUCUUGGGAAUACAAGUUGUUUGCUCGAAGUAAUUUAGCAACUGUUAACGUGCAGAAAGCGGUUAUUCUUCAGGAGCGAUACAUUUGCAAGAAAAUACGGGCUUGUGCGAAAAUCUAUAGCAUGUUGUAUAAAGUGACCGAAGCUACGAAUAAAAUGUUUGGUGUUCUGUUGACGUUCACUAUUUUCGUAAGUCUCUGCUACAUCAUCCUGUACAUGUUCUACUUCAUGGAGGCGACUGCGGCGGGCUUGUUCCACGAUGUUCCCAGAUACAUGGUGUUCCUUAUUUACGUUUCCUGGCAGAUUUUUUACUCGCUUGGCAUAGUUGUAUUUGUUGUGUUUACGUGUGAACAGGCUAUGUUUGAGGUAAGACAUGCCUAUUUUAUCUGCAUAUUAUGAUAGAUGGCAGUGUACAAAAAUAACAUUUUCUUGCAGGCGAAAUGUGUCUCAUUUAUUGCGCAUGAAAUAAUAAAUAGUGACCUGAGUCCGUCAGUCACAGCUGAGGUAAUUAACGGAACCAUUUAAUAGUUUUACGUAGAACUAAAUAAUUGGCUUGCCCUUUGCUUCUUCUGACGGAUACUUUACGAGGCAAAUAGCCAAUACGUCACCCGUAAGUAUCACACA